CGUUUGAGACAUUUCGGUGGGCAUGCGAGACACUGGCGUUGUUUGAUCUGUGUGUUGUUGUUUUCAGCCUUUGAGAUCUUUUUGUCAAUAUUAAAAUUCAUGUCCAGAGUUGACUUUUUGACGGAGGAUGUCUUUGGAGAAACGUGGGGAGGAAGAAACGAAGAGCCGAGAUGGAUUAGUCGACGCCUCUUACAAUUCACUGGUGAAAGAAACGGCGGAAGGGUUUUUGGCUGAUGGCCUUUGGAAAUCGAAACGCGAGGAAGAUUUACAUCGUGAGAUUGAAGCUAUGUCUUCAGAAAAAGCUAAAUGUUUAUUCGACGAUGAAAGGGAUAGGCGGGCUUGGGUGGCCGCGAUUAAGAAGUCUGUUGAAAACAGUAUUCAGUCGCAAGUGCGGGCGGUGUUAGGAACUCCACCAGGAGAGAGGAGAAAAAAACUUCAUGAGCAAAGACUUGCUGAAGAAAGACGAAAAAGGCAAAUAGAGAUCGAAAAUGCCGAUAGACAACGCACGGCAGAAAGUCGUAAUUAUAGCUAUCCUUCUUUUCAUGAUGACGACGGGGCGCUGUUUCAGAAACGUCAACAGUAUUUGCAGAAGUUUGCGAUGAGACGUUCGAUGCGUAACGACAAGGCUUCGGCGAGCACAACUCUUCGUGACUUCGACAUAGACCCCCUAUCCAGCGACUUUAACAAAAGGUUUAGCAUCUACACUCGAGCUGCUCUAGAAAAUGCGGACAGAACGAGCUCGAAUAUGAGUUUUAAUAACCAAGCAAAUGUUUAUAAACGAUCCCCUGGUUGUGUAUGGGUAGACAAGAAAGGAGAACGACACGACAUCCCUGGCCCAUUUUGGCCGAAAGACCACUUGCCGCGUUAUUCAAGCCAGAAGCAUAUUCAUUUUAUUCCAGACUUUGUCGAGCGAUUAAACACCGAGGGUAGGUGAUUGUAUGUAUAUAUAAUCCUAAAACAACUCGUUUUGCAUCAGUGGUAGUCAAACACAAUCGACUUGUUUGUAAAGGCAAUUUUCAGUCGCGUCGGGGCUGUGUUUAUGUUCAUGGAUGGCCCAUGUGGUAAUUAACGAAAUUCACACUCACUUUUCAACUUAUUGACAAGUUCUAAUGUUUUCAUAUAUCACGAAAGCAGAAUUGUAGUCUUUGUCAAAAGCUUCCUCGGGAGAAAACUUCGUUGUUCAAAUACACUAUUAUUAUUCUGACAUGCAAUUAACAAAGUCACGCAUAUGAAAUCGACAUUUUCGUCGUCCAUAAUGCACGAAUAGAAUUUCACACGUGUUCAUAACGGUAUUUGGUUAUUUUGAAUUUGGUUAAGUAUAAAACCCCUCACCGUUCAUUUUAAUAUACUUCAAUUCGAAUUUCAUGAAGUUAGCCCUUCUGCUUGUCGAUCAUAAAGUUUCGAAUGCGUUAGUUCGCGCGCGUUUAAGCAGUAACUCUUUACAGUCCGGCAUUAAUUACUAUCCUAGGCGUUACUUGAAAUGCCAUCAAGUACUCUGAAAAUGUUUAUGGGGAUUUGUCUCUGGCGUGUAAUAUUUUCCGAGACAUCUGUGAAAGAUCUAUUGUUUUAGGCAAGGCAUGUUUGGACAAUAAAUAAAUAUGUAAGCAGUUUGAAAUCUUAUUUGAGGUUGGCAGUGGAAACAUUGCCCUUCCAUCUCGUGGCACUGAAGACCAGUUAUUCAAGGUACAAGUUUAUCAUUUCUUGAAAAUACUACUGAUAAAAUCUCAGUACCUCGAGUUUUUCAUUGUCAAAGGCAUUCAAAGUUUUAAUUUAUGGUGGACCUGUCUUGUCUCCCUUGGUUUCUCCCUUAAUUUUCUCUUGGCUGCACCAGUGCAUACCCUGCCCAGAAAUGGGGAAGAGGGGAGAGGCUACUCCGGGAAAAUUCUAGUGGGGGUGGGAUGAGGAAUGCUUCAUGAUACCCUGACCCUAUGUUAGACCUACAAUCCCUGACAGAAGUAGUUGGAAAUGUUGUACAACUUAACAGUAGUCUAGUUUAAUCCUGAGGGGUACUCCCUUAUAUAAGCCAUAUAUGUAUGCUCCACUCCAAAGGGUAGGGUUUUUGUGCUGUUUUGGUCUGAAAACAGGUACAGACUUUGCCCAUUUUGGUCUGGAAUUUGGUAUGGUUUUCAAGGGGAGUGCAUGAGUGUAUUCAUCGUUUCAAUUCCGAAUAUGCAAAUUCGAAAUGGAAAUAUGGUCAGGAUUUGGAGAACCAGGCGGCACACGGGAGUGCCCCCUGGGAAUUUAAUUGUCAAAAAAAGAGAGUUUUCUCUUUUGCUAAAUAUCUCCCAUCACCACCCCCCCAGCCCCUCCCCCGCCCCACUGGCCCCCCCCACAACAUCCGCCUAGCAAAAUAUACACUUUGGACCCUCAAACUUAAAUAUGACCGUAAAUGUGGAGUUAAUAAAUAUCAAAAGUAGGAAGAUGCAAUUACCCCCCCCCCCCCCCCCCCCCCCCCCCAUGUUCAAUGAUGGGAUAUAACAGAACAGUUAUGUGCACAAACAUUUACGUUUUGCUCAACAUUUGGCCAGGUGCAAGGGAAAGAAGGAAAAAAAGGUAGAAAGUAGCAGCCUUCCCAACACUAAUUUUGACGAUGAUUGUAGCCUUCCACGUUGGGCAAGCAAUCCCCCCAACGGAAUGCGUGAUGAAGAUCUAAGAACAUCAGGGUGGGAGGUUUUUUCAGACCAGAAUUGAUUAUGAGAUUUUCCUGACUCUAUUUUAGGACUGAAACUGCUGAUCUCAAGAGUUGCAUGAUAAAAAAAUAAUAAAACAUAGCCAAUUCCAGACCCGGGUUCCAGUAAGAACAAGCUAGCUCUAUCCUAUUUCAGAUCCAAAUGGUGAAAAUCUAUACCCAAGUUCAGACCUUCACCCCCUCCCUCCCCCUCCAAUACUCAGUGAGCAAACACCUUCAUUUGUUAAAGGCUUCUCCUGUCAUGUUACUCAGUGGUUUCUAAUUGUACCAUUUAUAUCUAGGUGAAAAUUGCAACACUUCAAGUAGUUCAGUGGCAAAUGGAAGUCUUCUAUACCCUCAUGAAUGGCGAGGAAACUUAACAGUUUAUGAAAGGCACAAUAAGGGAGAGGUAUGUUACUUUUUCACUCACAAAGUUCUUCAGCUCUUGACACUGGAUCCACCCACCUCACUGAUAACAGAACAUGUUCCUUGGUUAGUAACUGGAAAUUAAAUUUUUUUGUAGGCAUUUCAAUAAUUUUCAUAUUUUAAACUUGGUAAUAGAAAUGAGAAACAAUGUUUAUUCUGGCAGUUGCAUGGAAUAAAGGAAAAAUCUUAUGGCUUUGACCCAUAAUAACCAUGUGUCAAUAUUGCUCAAGUACUUAAGCCCCUGAGGGUCAGAGACACUGAAAUAGCAAACUAGAGCCCUUGACUGGCUCAAGCACCCUGGACAACCCUUACACCCCUCUUCUCUGCCCUUCAUUCUUCUCUUGAUGAACAUACAGAACAAAAUAAAUUGAUUUGAAGAGUAGGACUGUCUGCUGUUCCAAAAAGUGGCUCUUUUCCACCAUAAUCUGUAUUGAACUGGAAUUUGGAAUUUUUUUAUUCAAGGAGAGAAAAAUCUCGAGGAGCAAGGAUGAGAACAAACAUUAAACCUACACAUGGUUCCCUAUGAGAUUCGAACCCCCCCCCCUCCCACCUUGGUCAUGGUGGGAGGUGAUCGAGUGCUAUAUGCACCAUGACUCCACCCUUCGUCUCCUCAUCUCUUUUCAGCCUGACAAAUAUUCUUAUAACUGAACCUUGAAACCCAUGGCUGUAUACUGCUCAAACCAAACUUAUUAAUAAGGCCAAUAACAGUUUUGUUUAUUGAACAGGCAAACCACAGUCAUGUAGUCCCUUCUGGUUGCCCUCCAAGUCUCACAUUUGAAUCAAGGUUUGAGUGUGGAAACCUAAAGCAAGCAAAAAGAAUGUAAGUAUUACUGUGAGUAGCCUGGGGCAAACUCGUAAGAGUGGGUGGAGGGGUGUGGAGAAAAAACUUUCUGUCUCAGUCACCCCCACCCCAUAAAGUUUGCUUGCAUGGCGAGGCUUUACUGGAAGAUAUGCUGCGACGUUCUGAAGCUCAAAACUCAACUGAUGGUCUAUCUUUGAUAGCCCAGACCAACGUUUCAGUUCUAGUACCUUAAAGCUUCUUCUUCUUUACCAAUGAUAAUUAUGAUAACAUAGUUAAUUAUGAUAACAUAAUUAUGAUAACAUAGCAUUCAGAACUUAAAAGCAGUGGCAGAUAUUUACGGCCGUAUGUGUGUAUGUUUUUUUAAGAAACUCUGGUACUGUGGUAGGGUAGGGUGUGAGGAGAAGUGAAAUUCUAGUAGGAAAAUAGGCGGAAUGAAAAAGGAAAAAAAAAACAAUAUUUUUUUUCUUUCUAGAAUAAGGUUUUAUUACCGAUUAUUUUGUAAUUUUUAAAAGGUUCAUGAUUUAUAACAGUUUUUUGUUUUAAUUCUUUUACAGUGGCAGUUAUGAAUAUGAUCUAGUCCUUAGUUGCGAUUUGUACACAAAACGACAUAUGCAGUGGUAAGAAUCUUUGCUCUUUUAGUUUAUGUACGAAUUUAAGAAGUGGAUUGCCUACGCAACAAAUAAUGUAAAAAAAGAGAACCGUUGAUCAUAGACGCGGAUUACUCUGUUCGAAUCGUAACUUGAGAAAUGUUUUUGAAAUUCAGUUGUGACACCAAUUUUUAAUACCAACAUUUAAUGAAACAGUUUGUAUAAUCUCUCUUCACAGUAAAAUUAUUACAUGUGUGUAAAACGUUCUUAAUGGCGUAACUAACUUAGGCUAUGAUAAUAUUGUUCUAAAAAAAUUGGUAGCGGGUCCGUUUGUUUUCAUAGAAAAAAAAGGGAUGUUAUUCCUUUUAUGUAAAGCGACACUUCAGCGGAUCUUAUCCCUUCUCAGUUCUUUUUUCCCUGAAAAUUGGGUCGGUCGGUCGGACGUACCGCUUGAUAGAAAAUGGCCUGACGCACAGAUAAUGUCGAAAAGAGAAAACCAUCACCUUCUGAAUGGUCAAACCCGGGUGCCAAAGGUUUUUUUCUAUCCUAAUUCCUAAUAGUUUGCGGCGAAGGUGCCACAGCGAGGCGCAAAGCGCCGAGAGAGAAACAAAACUCCGUACGUCCGUGUCGGGAGCUUUAUCAAACCGUACGCACAUGUUAUUUCAUCCUAGAUAUUUUGUGAACGGACUUCCGGAGCCAGGGUAGAAUGUUAAUUGUGCUAGUGAGGAAAAGUUCAAACGAAUAAAGAUAUGAAAAGAAGAAGGAGAAAGUGGAGAGGAUAAGAUGGUUUUGGUGAUUCUAGGAAAGAUAAAAUGGAUGACGCAUAUUUCUACUUCAAAAGGAGAACUCUUCUGUUGCCUUUUUUAACUUUUUUUAUGUAAGGGAGGGAAUAUCCAGUCUGCUUUAUGCAUUGAACUUUUAGAAAUCUCAACCGGAAAUUUUCUUGUCUCAUUUACCAUAGGUAUUACUUCCGUGUCCAGAAUAUGGUCCCUGGGGUAACUUACAAAUUCAACAUCAUCAAUCUACUAAAGAAAGAUAGUUUAUACAAUUAUGGUAGGUAAUAGCUUAGUCUCUGCGACUAAGGCCUGUUUUAAACGUCGUGCUACUGCCGUGCUAAGCUGGCUCGACUGUAGCUCGACUGUAGCACGACACUAGCACGACUGGUUUCAGACGUCGAAAUUAAUUCAGUCGAAUAGAACGGCUGUUGCCGAAAACAAAACACAAAAAUAAAGAAACGGUUUAGGAAACUUUUAAAUGUAUUCUAAUGUAUUUAUAAUUUAUGAAUUGAGUUCGGCACGGCAGUAGCGCGACAUUUGAAACCAAGUCGAGCUACUGCCGUGUAGCACGGCAAGUUUUGCCGUGUUACACGGCAGUAGCAUGACUUGGUUUCAAACGUCGCGCUACUGCCGUGCUAAAGUCGAAUUUAAUUCGAUCAAUUUAGUUCGGCACGGCAGUAGCACGACGUUUGAAACAGGCCUAAGAGGUAAAGCCAGUGACUUGUUGGGAGGAAGAUAGCCGUAAUACCCUCUCGAUGGUUAAAUGAGUUUGCACCAGUUGUUUUAAUCACAAACUUUAUUAAAGAGGAAGUUGUUUCGCUAACCCAAGGCUGUAGAGUUCAGUUUACCUGAAGAAUUGAAUACGCUGUACAACAGUACAAACACUUCACUUUUCGGAUACUUACGCUUCAUCGCGCGCAUGCGUUUUGCGUGACAUAUUCUCUAGAUUUGUCGUUACUCCCACAUGCAUUGUUUUCAAUUUCUCUCGGUACUUACCAUUGUCCAAGAAGAAAUUGAAAACAAUGCUUGCAUGCUGAGUUGGGGAGUAAACGAAGUGUAUGAUGGGACGAUGUUAAGUUGGCGGAAAGUCUUUUCUUCUAAAACGUCUAGCUGUAGUCUCAUGUUUACGCACUGAGUCCUAAUUUUUCGUGGGUUUAAAAGUAUAGUCUUUCACUUAAAAAUUGUCGUGUUUCUCGUUCUAGGUAUGAAGCCCCUUUUGUACUCCGAGCGUAAAGCUACAGCGCGGGGUCUGGGCUGGAAAAGGGCUGGUUCGCACAUCAGUUAUUGCAAGACCACGUUAUACAAAAAUCCUCUGCUGCAACGCGAAUAUGUUUACUACACUCUCACUUUUCACAUGGUGAGUAACUAAUGGUAAAGCGCGAAGAUUUCAUUGGCUAAAAGCUUUAUUCGUAGUGUUGCCUAUCAAGGCGAUGUAAAUGAAAUCUAUUGGGCAGUAGUAUGUUCAUUUGGCAUUGAAGGCUAAGAAAUUUUUCGGCCACUUUAUAUAUCUAUUUAAAAAAGAGGAAAAUGUUGAUUCGCUUCUUUCACAUUGCCCAUAAUACAUCUUAUUUACCUCUCAAAAUUUUGCUUUAGUAUUGUUUUCGCUUUCUUCUUGGAACGACUGUAGUACUGAGGAAAAAUUGAAAGCAAUACUUGUGCAAAAUUGGGGCGGGUGGGGGGGGGGGGGGGGGCAGGGUUUUUUAUCCGUGGUAACGGGAAGUUUGGGGUUUUGUUGGGGGGAAAGGCCCGGGGGGGGGGGCCCGGGGGUGGGGGGUAGGGUUUCUCUUUUUCUGGGGGUGGGCAUGUGGCGGCCUGUUUCUUUCUUCUCCAUUUUACCCCUUCUUCAUUUAAAAAUAAAUGUUUUUUCUUCUCUUCUUCACUCACACAAAACUUUUUUUUUUUUCUCUCUAAAUUUUUUUUUUUUUUUUUUUUUUCUUUUUUUUGUGGGAACCUGGGUUGGGGGGAAAAAAAAAAAAAAAAAUUUUUUGGGAAAAUGGGGGGGGGGGGGGGGGGGGGGGGGGUGGCAGGUGUAUUAUCUCGUGGUAACGAGAAAGUCGCGGAUUCGUUCGGGAGAAGAGCUCGAGAGGCGAGGCCAGGCGCUGGAGGGUAUGCUUCUCUCUCUUCGCGGGAGUGAAAUUGCGGCCUCCUCUUCUUGUCGUCUCCAUUUACCCAUUUUUGCUUUUGAUCGAAUUUCAGGAAUUUCCACACGAAAACGAUACAUGUUACUUAGCUCACUGUUACCCGUAUUCCUACACUGACCUUGAGCUGUACUUACGCACAAUGGAGGAUAAUCCGAAGACAGCACAGUAUGUGCAGAAGGAGGUACUAGCUAAGUAAAAAUUACAAAUUGCGGGUAGUUGCUUGGUGUUGGCCGCGGGUACAAUCAACAAACAGCAAUACCCACACCACAAAUCCUUCUGAGCUGCUGGUUCUACUGAAAGGAAAGUGAUAUAAACUAUUUUUCCUUAGGUUUCUGCUUUAAAAUCCGCAAAAAUCCAUUCAACAAAUGCGAAGCAAAUCACCACAAACUUUAUCUUUCCGACAACCCCUGCAUGCCACUUUCAACAUCCGGGGACUUUUAUGUAAAACUAUUAAUCAUGAGCAGUAUGCGCAAACUUAACUUCCUAUGCGAUUUUACACUCUUAACUAAAAUGGGAAAUAAAAAUAAUCCUGAACAACGUGGAAUCGUUGUUAGGGCAAAAAAACUGUUAUUUCGUUUGCAGAAACAACUAUUCUCGAGAACUUCGUGGUGCUCCGAGUAGGGUCCAAAGUCCAAAUGAGGCCUAUAAAGCAGACUUGUUUUGAGUCCCUACUUGUUUGUUGUCUGAAGCGAUCAGGGAAUAAGGGCCGCGGGAGAUGCCAGGAAGGACGAAAGAAGGAAAAUGUUGCUUCCCGCAUUUGAUCCGGACUUUCUUUAAUGCAAUCCAGUAAAUCGCUGAUUUCUCUUAACUUCAAUUUACUCUAAACAACGUUUACUAUAUUUGUUAUAAUAACCGGCUGUGAAAUCGCAUUUAUACUUUUUUUUCAUGUCUCAUGUAACAGGUGCUUUGUAAAACUAUGGCGGGCAACAAUUGUCACGUGUUAACUAUCACCUCUCCUCAAGGUUAGUGACCACGAAGCUGUACGCAGUACUCUAGAAUUAUUUUAUUCUCACCCUUUCAAUUCGCGCCAUACUUAUUCUUGUAUUUUUUUCUCUUGUAGUUCCUGAAAGCGAGAAGCUCGGCGUAGUCGUCAGCGCAAGAGUUCAUCCCGGCGAGACUAAUGCGAGUUGGAUGAUGAAAGGCAUGUUAGACUUUUUGACCAGCGGUCAUCACAUUGCAGAGGUAAAGACUGGUUUCCAGGCGUUAAUUCACCCGUUUAAUUUAGAAUAGACCCUUUGUCACGCUGCGGCCAUUUUGUCUCGGGAGAUUUAAAAAGCUUUGUUUAUGCUUGGCUAGCCUCGUAGCCAGGUCAAGUUCCCCUGGGACCUCUAUUGGGAAAAAAGAAAAACAUGGAAGCUAAAGAGGUCCUUUUAAAGACAUGCCCAGAGAGGUGUUCUUGUCGUCUUUUAAAAUUAUGUUGAUGUUUUCUUCUUUUUCGUUUACGUAUAUAUUUACGUAUAUAUUUCUCCUUUUGGCAGAAACUUCGUCGCAAGUUUGUGUUCAAGCUCGUCCCUAUGCUGAAUCCGGAUGGUGUUGUUGUGGGCAACUACAGGACGAACUUGGCGGCCAGAGAUUUGAACAGAACUUACAAAGACCCAAAGAAGGUGAGGAGGUUUUUGGAAAAGGCGAAUUUAACGUCUUGACUGUAGAAAGCAGAAGUUUUUUGACUGAAAAUGAUAAAUAUAUGAAUUUCAUUAUAUAUUUUAACCACGGAAUGAAGAAAUAAAUGAAGAAGAUCAUCGCAAUUAAAGACGCAAGUUAUGCAUUUACGAAAAGAAAGCCUGAAUAACUUCAUGCUCGUCGGGAUUAUAUUUACUGUAUAUUCAAACCCUGAUCUCCGUGAUAUCAGUGCUGCGCUCUAACCAACUGAGCUAGCAAGCCAACUGGGAGCUGAGUUUUUCAGUCUCUUGUUUAAUUAUGUCCGCGAAGAGUAGAGGCCAGUAAAACGUCCGCUUCUGCAGGAGAGUGCAUUGUAAGAGAGGUAGCCUUGCCGCUCGUCAUCAUUUUCUUCCAGAAUCAAGGCUUGCGCAAUAUUGUGAAGCAGUGAAAGCAUAUGAUAGGGUUUGUCUAUAGUUUUUUUCUCACUACAGUCACUUUGAGUCAACACAGCAACCGAUCUAUACUACUGUAGCCUCCCCUGCAGACAUUCUUAGGGGUGCGUCAAGCGUUCCUGCCCCACAAACGUUCGUGCGGUAGGAACGCAUGACGCACCCCUAAGAAUGUCUGCGGGGGAGGCUAAUACUACUGAGGAUAAAUCACUAGCGCCAGCAAUGAGGAUCGAAGUCCACUAACCAAGCAGGGUGCUCCGGCUAAUGGUCUCACAUAGACAAUCCACACUAUCGCCUGACCAGACUCGUACCCAGUCAUUAUAAGCCAAGAGAAUAGCGCGGAAGUUGUGCAAGGGAAGAAAGAAAAAUAGACCAAUCCCGAUAUAUUAAAAUUCAUACUUGGCUGCGAGGCUUGGGAGAAUAAAACAAAAGAAAUCAUCUAGAGGCUCAGCAAUGAAUAAUACAUUUCUUUUGUUUUAUUCCCCCAAGUCUGACAGCUAAGUAUGAAUUAAAAUGGUCUAUUUUCCUUUGCUCCAUCCCAUGAAUCCUCGCAAGCCUCAAUGUUACCUCCGUAUCUAAGAGUGAAGGCUCAACAAUGUUCUUAGGCAAGAAAAAUGUUCCUAAAGUUUGGCUUAAUCGCGGAAUAAGUUCAACCAUCUUUUGAGGAUCCGGGCUAGAUGAAGACAAGCAGAGUAGUUGAACCAUCACGACUAAUAAAAAAUUAGGUGAAAAUAACGUUCGAACGUACAUUUUCUGUAUUUAAAGUUUGUAUUUAUCUUCUCACUAUAGGAAAGUUUCCCCACUGUUUGGUACAUGAAGAACAUGUUGGAGUCAUUCAAGAAGGACCACCAGGUAGGGGUACUUUUGAAAGAUUUACGAUUAACGUCCAUCGGGCGAGGAAUGGCACUGAAAAGGUCCCACCACGUGUGGGGCCUUUGGCGUGAUCAGAUAUAACGAGCCUUUACUUGAGUCGAGCAGGGAUGUGUUGUAAUAAGAACUGAAAUGAAUUAAUGUUAUUUAAUUCAGGUCAUUAUUUACUGCGAUCUUCACGGACAUAGCCGCAAACCAAACGUCUUCAUGUAUGGUUGCACAGCAGAUCCCAAGAUGGCAUCCAUGAGUAACUUUGUAGAAGAACGUCUCUUUCCUUGGAUGAUGUCACAAAAGGUACUAAAGUAGAUUAUAACCCUUUUAGUGUCAAGAUUGACCAACAUCAAUUUUCUCUGAACGAUAUCAAUACAUAAUCAAGAGAAAAAGUUAGGAGAAUUUUUAAAAUUAUCCCCUAAAGGAAAAAUGCUUUGAUCUUAAAUCGAGCUCUUGGAACUAAUUCUUUAUGGAAUUGUAUGAAGAUCAUUCUGGUGAAUUUCUUUGUGAAUAUUGGGGCUUAAAUACUUGUACACGUUGCUAGUUCCACGAAGAUGCCACAGGUAGACAGCUUGCAGAAGUGGUCACUACAUGAUGAAGUUCGCGCACAGCACACCCACACACACCACUGAUACAGAGCAAGACUGGUAAUGUGAAGAUAUUUUGUAAAAAAAGAAAUAAUUGUAAUUUUUUCCAGAAACCGCCAUCGCAAUUUAUCGAGACUUAGAUGUUACGAAGGUAGAUUUAUCAUUUGGACAGUUUUCGUGCGUAAAUAUUCGUAAUUAAGGAAAAGAAUCGAUCCUUAUAGUUUAGUCCGUUGAAAUGCAGUGAGUGAUCUGAACAAUAACUUUACUGAAUAAAGCGGUAUAGACAUCUCUUUGCGAGUGCCAUAAUCAGGUUACGUUGUAUUCCACCUAAACAUGGAUGUCUUGUUUUGUCCCAGGCCCCCGACAAGUUCUCAUUCAGUGGUUGUAAAUUCCGAGUGCGCAAGUGCAAGGAGUCCACUGCGCGCGUGGUUAUGUGGCGACAAAUGGGCAUUACUAACAGCUUUACUAUGGAGGCUACCUUCUGCGGAGCAAACUUUGGCGACAUGUGAGUACCUGAUUAUUGCCUCAGUCUUAGGAGCGUUUUUCGCGCGAAUGAUGACUUUAAAACAAGGCGGUGUGGAUUAAGUACUUCGUCCUGGGUAAUAAAAUUGGGGUUGUUGUCCUAAAUAGGUUAUGUAUUUUAGGGUUUUUGCUGUCCUAAAUAGGGUCAGUCAGGGUUCCCUCAAGCCUGCUUUUCGUUAGCUAAGCUCAGGUAGACUGUGUCCUAUGAAAGGUCUAGAUUGCUUAUGUCCUCUUAAUCAUACAAUUUUUUUGUCUCUUAGUGAGAAAGGAAGACAUUUCCACGUUGGUGACUUUGAGGAAAUGGGUCGAGAUUUUUGUGAAGUGUUGCUGGAGUAUUCCGAGGCAAAAAACGGAAAUCGGUAAAUAUUUGUCAAAAUCGUCCAAAGUCUCUUUGGAAACUCACUACUGUUUUGUAUCUCGGUUAUAAAAAGGCGGGGCGGUGGGAAGGCUCAGAUGUAAUCAGUCACGGGGAUCUGCGAUUAAGGCCACAUUAUUAAACCCCUUAAGAAGCCCUGUGAGAAAAAAGACAGACCCCCAAAUUAUCCUGGGCCCCCAGAACUUGACCCAAGAAAAGUCGCGGGUCAGGUCAGCUAUUGGCCAAGUUUUUCCAGUUAGUUAUCCCAGAAGUCUUUGCGAAAGUAAACCUGGCCCAGUUUUUUUCUCGUUUCUAAAGUGACGAAGCAGUUAUCUUGGGUAAGUUAUAAAUUCAUUUCUUAUUUCCAUGUAGGAGUGAGAUGACACAGGCGUUUGUGGAGCUCGCCUGUAAAAUGACGCGUGAUAUCCUCAGACAAACCUUGGGGAACUUUAAUCAUGAAAAUGUUUCCAAAGAAGACUUUUUAAUGAGCAAUAACGGAACCACACAUACAAGAGAAGGGAAAACUCAAAGCGGUUCGUCAAUAGGAGAGGAAGACACAGAAGACCAAGGGACUAAUUCCACUAUCAAGGCGUUUCCUCUUUCGACGAAUAAAAAAGUGAAUUUUAUGGAUGUGCGCGUUCAAGCUUCGGGGAGCAGUGAAGAUGACGGCGUGGAACUCUCUGUGAAAAGCGUGCAUGUCGAUUCGUUCAAUGACUGUAUUAAAAUACUGGAGAAUUUAAACUUAGUAGACUGCUUCGACGAAUCAGAGUAAGUGAAUUUUUUAUUUCCUCUACUCCCCAGCAAUGUCGUAUAUGUUAGUAUAGGUAAUAGAAUGAUUUGUACGUGAUAUUUGGCAUAAAUACCACGAGUGAUAUUUCAAAAUUGUUAUACGUUAAAUUUUUUGACAAUUUUGAAGUAUGACGAGUGUUAUUUAUGCCAAAUAUCACGAACAAAUCAUGCUAUUAUUUGUUUAUACUACUACCCCCGAAAGGUUUGUAAUUUUCACAUGUAGUUAUUUCAAAUUAAGCUGAAAUACCACUGCUCUAAGCCAAUCAAAUUGCAGAAAUUUGUCAUGGAAGGGUCUAUUUGUCCCUUAAUAGCCAACUGGUACAGUUACUGAUGGCAGGUUCCCACUUGGAACUUUGGUCGUAGACGAAUUAGGGUCUUUUUUAUGGUUGAACUCUUUGCAGGCUGAGAUUAAGAGCGGCUCUGUCUUAGUUCAAGUUGUCGCAUUUUAGCGGACGCUGAGGUCAGUUAGGCCGUCGCCCCAAUGUUUGUAGACUUCAUUCUUCGUUUUCAGUUAUAAAGACUGCUAGCAGGGAAGCUUCCAAAGGGAAGCGGCGGUAGAUCCGCAUAAUUAUGAACUCUGAAGGCGGUGGUGUGUUCCUCCCCUAAGAAAAAAGCGAGUGAACGACAAAGUGGUAGACAGAGUGAAAAGAGCAAAACUGCAUCCUCAACACGCUUUUCCGGGGUUAAUGAGUGCGCGAUAAGGGUUUUCCUUCGCCUCUUUCUUUUAAUUUCUUAUUUCUAGUUCCCCAGGGACGUGGAAGAGAAAAAACCUUACCUGUCCACCGUCCCUUCUGCAAUUAGCGCCAACUACCUAGGGAAGCGUUACCGGUCAGCGGUCGUUUAUCCGUUAAAUUUACUACUACUGUGUUAUUUAGUUCUAGUGACUCAGACAGUGACCCGGAUGACUGGGACGACAAGGAAGAUGAGGCCAGCGGUAACCCGGUAAGGAUUCUGAUUGGUCAAUCUGAGUGAGUGGCCAUUGUGGUCCGAAGCUAUGCUUCUUAUGCUAAAAUAGUGGCAGAUUUAGUCAUUCGUAAAUGUCUUCAUGAUAAUGAGCCCUCCACGUCCGUUUCAAAGUAAACGUUUUUGGUUUCUGCAGAUGCAUUCGAGGCAAAUAGUGCUAAUUAGCAUACAGCUAUUUCGAGAAAGGUUGUUGGAAAAAAUGUGCACGCGACAAUCCCGAAAGGUAAUGUGAGAUAUGAUCAAUACGCUGUUCCUAACGACUGUAGCUGUCGAACCUACUUUAGUUGCUUUUCUUUAGCACUCGCGAACAUAAGUCCAUGGCCUCUCGUGCCAUUCUUUCAAAUUUCUUUGAAGAAUAGUGAACUCAAAGCCACCUACAAUACCUUUCGGGAUUGUCGCGUGCACUUUUCCCGACAACCUUUCUCGAAAUAGCUGUAUACAAAUACAUAGAAAAGUCAAAUUCCUAAUUCCAGAGACUAUAAGCAAAAAAUGGGGAAAGGGGAUUGUUUGGUUGGACAAGCGUAAAUUAUAAAUGGUUAAUAACUCGAAGAUAUUAGCACUUGAGUGCUACACUGUAAAUUCGAGGGUAAAUAAAGUUUAUUGAUUGAUUUGAUUGAUUGAAUAGUUGCCUUGAAUACCAUCAACCAGUCAUAACUAACGCUAGUCCACCUAAACGACCUCAAAACUUACUGCACCCAAAGCUUAUACCCAUCUUCGUAGAGUUUCUGAAGUAUCGACUAUGGUCACAACAAAAACGACUUGGAAGAGUUAGCUCCCAAAGAAACUAUGGUUCUGCGUCCUUGGCGGAGUGAAACUCAAAAAUUUGGUUUUAUGAACCGAUUCGAUAAAGUAAAUUACCACCGUAAAUAGUUAAAGGAAUUUUUCUAUGAUGUUAAAACUUAAUUAUCGAUUUUUUGAAAACCUAAAGUUUCGCGUUUGAAAUAACGGUAAAAUGUAUAGACUACGAGCAAUCUCUCUUUUUUCUUAGUCCGUCGCUUGAAACGCGCGAGGGAGGAAAAUGACCACGCGCAUGACCGAAGGCGUUCAAACAUUAUUCGGAAGUUUUGUUUCUGUUUUUGAUAAUCUUCAUUCUUCUUUUUCAAGGGGGAAAGAAAGAGAAAGAAAAAGAAGAGGAAGAAAGCUAAGCACUGGUGGGACACCUUGUCGGUAAGUUAAAGUUCACGAAUGUAUAAUUCACGUAUAGUGUUUUAGCCUGAGAAAAGAGCCGACACUACCACUGGUUUCCCCGCCAAAUGACGUCUGAGAAACGAGCGCAGAAAUUCCAUACUGAUGACGUGAUACUACCCAUAUCUGGGUAGUGCUUCUUAUUGGUCGCGUCGCGUUGGAAAUUUGCUUCAACCAAUAUGAAGCAUUACCCAGAUCUGGGUAGUGACGUGUCAUACACCGUAUUCACAAAUGGCGGACACGCGUGAAAAAACUGGUGCCUAGUCAUGAAAGCGAGGCGUUGGAGGAUAAACAAAAAUUGCAAAUGAAGACUUUCAGUGAACUUGCAGAGUGUUUAGCACGGAUUCCACCUAAAAUAACUUUCUACGGACUUCUUUAUAAAUACAAUUACGUGGGAUGUCUUCUGCUUUUAAUGUUUAGUAGCGAUUUGCUGUUUGCAAUCAAAAGGGACGCGUAAAUCUUCGAGGAAACAGAAUGAUUUUGUAGGUUUUGUAGAAGUCCGUAAAAAGUUAUUUUAGGUGGAAUCCGUGCUAAACACUCUGCAAGUUCACUGAAAGUCUUCAUUUGCAAUUUUUGUUUAUCCUCCAACGCCUCGCUUUCAUGACUAGGCACCAGUUUUUUCCCGCGUGUCCGCCAUUUGUGAAUACGGUGUAUGACACGUCACUACCCAGAUCUGGGUAAUGCUUCAUAUUGGUUGAAGCAAAUUUCCAACGCGACGCGACCAAUAAGAAGCACUACCCAGAUAUGGGUAGUAUCAGGUCAUCAGUAUGGAAUUUCUGCGCUCGUUUCUCAGACGUCAUUUGGCGGGAAAACCAGUGGUAGCGUUGGCAAAUGUCGGCUGUUUUCUCAGGCUAACAGUAGUGUUUUAGUUUUCUAACGUUACGUUAACCCUUCUUUUCUUUCUGGAAAAAUCAAUCAAAACAAACAAAACAAGACAAACAACAACCACAAAAACAAAACAAUCGUUUUUUUUUCAGGUUGGGGAUUGAAGGGUGGUUUGUCGUGGAUUUAAACCGUUUACUUUUUAAAGUAAUUCCUGUACUGACUAUAACGUUGUUAACUUUGUUUCUUUAGAAACCAUCUGCUUCUUCGGAAGCUAGCAACAGUACUACUACAGACGAAGAUUGUGGCAAUAAUGAGGUACCAUGUGUUAUAUUUAGAGACAAAUACUCAAAGUCCGAGCUAUUAUGAUUGAAUCUCAACCACGGGUGCAUCGCACGGGAACCUUGCAGCUUUCGGAAGACCUUGGGAAAACAAUGAACAGACAAAGUUGACAAUGGAACCCAGCCCGGAAACAAAAGAGCUGCGACGUAUAUAAUAGACGUCCAAUUAAAACAGCUGCAAGGCUACCGCAACAACCUACAGGGUUCCCACGUAAUUACAGGUCGUUGAAAUUUAUAAACGUGGUGCUUGCUGAGCCCUUGAAAAGUCCUUGAAUUUUAUCUGGCAAGAAGUGUACGAACUCUGAAUCUUAAAAAGUGACGUUUCUCUCGUGAAAAAAUAUAGAGUACUUGAGUGAUGACGUCAUAAAAAUGAAAUUUCUGAAAUUCUGGGAUUUGUCAGGGUAUUCUGAAAGAACAAUGUCCAACAGGCCUACUUACCACAAAUGAGCAUUUGGGGGCAAAUUGUCUCUGAGAUGUUAGCCGGUUAUACUCAGAAAACUCAAUACAAACCCUUCUAAUUUCUUUUUGGGUCGGCGUUCGCGGUUUGCCGUGAAGUGAGUCGGAUCGAAUCAUUGCAUUAGCUUCACGUUAACUAGUAUAGCGAGGAUAAGAUAUCACAGAAUAAAAGAAAAAAAAACAAAGGGGAAGCAGCAAAAUUAAGGCGGGCUUGAGAAAAAAACUUAACGUGUAAACUUUAAAACGAAUAUGUUGUUCCAACAUUUUGAAGUUCUUCUCAUUUUUUCCCACUGAUUAAGUUUGACAGUUUAUAGCUGGGACUUGCGCCCAUUAAACUUACCAAAUGAGGGUUAGCUUAUAUAUUACUGGUGAUUAGUUGAAUUUUCAACAAACUUUUGCCAAUGACAUGUGAUUGUCGAUCUCAAAACGUACGUUUUCAAAACUUUCUUAUAACUUAAAUGCAGUUUAUGUAAUUCUUUCAAACCUUCAAAGAAGAGCCUAAAUCAAAUACAAAGUUUAUAACCUAUGGAUCGACCUAAACGAUAUGACUUUGUCGUUAAACGUUGCUCUCGGUUUUCGAAUCCAAGCGAAAAACCAAAGGAGAUGUAAAAGAAUGAAAAGCGACAAUCAGACCUGUUGUACUAGGCCACAAAACGUCAUCUACCGUCUGAAUCAAUUUUUUCGACCACUGAAGCUUUAAUAACAUUUCAAUUCUUCUCCCAUCUAAUUUAUUUUAUCUUUCCUUGUAACAGAGGGCUAAGGAACGCUGUGGACUUAUCCACACAGUAAAGUAUCCUUUCUUGUUAGUUAAAACCUGUUAACUGAACACAGAAACCCAAUAUAGCUUAAAUUUAUUUUAAAGCUAACUGAAUCGAGGCGAAACUUAAACCAGUUAACUUUAAGAAUAGUGCUUAGCCGCAAAUAACAGCUAUCCUGUUAACCACAGAGUUAAGCAGAAAAUAAUUAUUUUAAAAUAUAAUCUUUCAAACGAAUUUCUUGAAAUUCAUAUGCACGUUACAUAAAAGUGUGGGGAUAUGAUGGAUAUUAAAUGAACAUCGAUCAAUUAAGCUAGUGACACUGGCGAAAAUAUGAUGCGUGUUGUGGAAGAAUUCCUUGUGAAUUCUGCUUAAAUAUGAAAACACAAAAUUUGUUUUUAUUCUGCGAAGGAAUGACUUCCAAAGUUAAAAUUGAAUUCCGUAGCUUGGAGGCGUAUUAAAAUACCUUUCCUAUAUACCUUGUUAAAUAUUGACAUCGUUGCCUGUGUCUUUCAAACAGAAAAAAGUGAAGACUAACUUUGGCAAGUUUGUCAACCCAUACCAGCAUCGAUCAAAUGGCGGUAUACCAAUCUUCUCUCAAGAACGAAUUCUGGAAAGAGCGAAAAAGGUAAUUAUUAUUUGAUGUACUGACCUUGUCUAAACCGGGAUGUGGUAAGGAGGUACUCAGACGGGUGCUGCAUGACUCACUGAACGAUUAUAACUUUAAAAGACUUGGCCAAAAAUCCCCAAACGUCUUAAAUUUCCUGCAAUCGCUCAGGAUUUUGGUGACAAUUUUCAAGAGAUUUAAAAUCUUUCUAUUUCAGCUGAUCUUUACGGACUUCUGGCGCUUCUGAAGAAUCUCUAAACUGGAAAACAUGUUCUCAAAAACACUUUCUCUAGACAUAUCAAGACGGUAUAACUUGCUUGUGUCUGAAAAUAUUUCGAAAUUUUGAUACGUGAAAGGCCAAGACAACCUCCAGAACACAACAGCUGACAUUAAUUGCUACAGAAGUAAAACUAUUUACUCAAACUCUUGGCCUCAUUUCCACUUAAUAACCGUCAACCGUCAAAAGUUCUGAAAUUUAACCGUCAACCGUCAAAAUUGGGAAAAAUAACCGUCAACCGUCAAAGCUACCACCCCAUAAGAAACCCUCUUCAGAGACAUCGCGCGAGGCCGGCGCGCGCAAACUCAUUGGACAGGCGAAGCGCGAACUGAACCAUCAAGGUAUAGCUGUCUUGCCGUUUGUUACAAGUUUUCAAGAGAAGCCUCGGAAAAAGGCAACUCAUAACAUGGCACCUAACCAUGGCAACAAUCUUAAAUUACUAUUGGAACGACAAGCAGCUUUUAGUUUUAUAUUGGUGUUGUUUCGUUAAGUUAAGUUCACUGCACCAUCCUUUUUUUAUGAUAUUGCAUGGUUAUUUGUGAAACCAUUUUCAAGAGAUUUUGCGGCACUGUUCUUUGAACGUGAUGAGAAUCCAAGAUGGCAGCUACUGUGUGGAAAUCCUGAAAUAUUACUGGCCUGACUUUGGGCAUCAUGGAACGAACAUUGCUCAACAUUGGGGGAUGGUGUUGGAUCCACCUUUUAACCAGGCCCCAAUUGUUCAAAUGGUGGAUAACGCUUUCCAAAGGGUAAAUCUCUUUUCACUGGAUACUGGCUCACUUAGUUUCCCCAAUACUUAUCCACUGGACAGUGAUUUAUCCGGUGGAUAGCACUGUCCACCGUUUGAACAACUGGGGCCAGACCUUUAGAAGUUCAGCAAUGUGAAUCUUAGUUCUUUGUUCUUGGUAACACACUCACUCCAUGAGCCCCUUUUAUUUUUCGAAUACACCUUCCCUAAAUUAAUUUGCGUUUCUUUAGAAAGAGGAACAGUUGCAUAAUGAAUCACAAGAAACAGAAAGAAAAGACUUCCUUGUGAAGGUAACACAAACUUAAGCUGAUAAUGCGUACAGUUUGAUUCAACCUCUUUGCUGUCGGGGAUUUCAUAACUUGUUGGCUAGAUUGAUUGGGUAGUGGGUAAAUAGAGGAGGGUCUUGGGUGGAGUGAGUGGGUCUUAAGUAAAUUGAGGGGGUCAUGGGUAGAUUGAGUUGGCUGUGGCUAGCCCUCGGUGGGUAGUGAGCAGAUUGUGAUGACGUAGGAGGAUAGAAGUGGGUCGUACGUAGUCUGGAUGGGUCGUUGGUAAACUACCGUGGGUCGUGGCUAGAUUGUAGUGAUCCCCGGCUAGAUUGAGAGGCUGUGGGUAGAUUAACUGGGUCUUGGGUAAAUUGCCGUGGGUCCUGUGUAGGUUAAGUGUGUCCUCGGUUGAUUGAGCAGGACGUGGCAGAAUGGCGUUAGUUGCAGAAAAACAGGCGCAGGCGCAGGGUUGCCGCUCAUCAGAAAGAUAAAAAUUCCCUGACUUUUCCCUUACUUUUUACUGACCUAUAAAUAGUUUUCACUGACCUAUUAUUAACGAGAAACAAUCCAUGUUUACAUUCAUUUUAGCUUCUUUUGCAGCCCAUCGAUAUUUUUCUCUUCAUUUACAACCUCGUUCCGAUUUUUGCGGAAAGAGUAAGAACGAAUUUGGAAGAAAGCAUUCACAACGAAAACCACUGACCACAACUACUACAAGUGUCAGGCGUAGGGUGUCAACUUGGUCGCUUUGCUUGCUUUGCAGCACACUUUCUGCUUUUCUGAGAGAAAAUGCAUUUCAAAAUCUUGAAGAAAACUUAUGAACUAUAAACCGAAAAACCAAUUUCCCUGACUUUUCACUGACUUUUACAAUAUCAAAGAUUUUCCCUGACUUUUUAAAAAAUUCCCAGACUUUUCGCUGACCUUGAAAAAUGUUCUUAUUUCCCUGACUUGUCUCUGAGCGUGGCAACCCUGAAUUAGUUGCCGUGGCUUGAUGUUAGGUUGUAAUGGGUUAAAAAUUGUAGCAAUAUAGACUACUGUAAAACUGUACGAUAACCAAAGCGGCAAAAAUAUACUAAAGGAUUUACAAACAGUUUUCUUGCGCACGGAGCAAAUGAGUUGACGCCUAACUUUCUUGCAUUGCAGUACGCCCAUGAAGAGCCCAAAAAUUCAGGCCCAGUCCUUGCUGUAACAGACGACACUGAGCUUAAUUUCGUCACGGCUCAAAGACGUUUAGAGUAUUACAUGUUUGCUAACAACAGUACCAAUCCGAACUGGGGGAAUAUGUCUACAAACCCGGGCCUGCGGAAUAAGCCCCCUCUUCCCCAUUCAAGACACGUUGUAGAGAUGGAUUCUGUUAAGUUUGAUUAUCUCACCGGGGAUGGAUACGGAUUUACCGUCAGGAUUCCCGGGAGGAAACCACAUCGAGCCCGGACGCGCGACGGGCACGAACGCGGACCCACACACUCACUUCAAACUUUUGAGGAAGCAAGAAGCAGGUUGCGAAGAAAACAGAUUUCUCCGGCGUAUACCUUUGACCUAUCCGACGAGAGAAUGGUCUUUCCGGGUAGAACUUCUAGUCUUUAUACCACUCAUCACAAUAGUUACUAUGGGGACGAUUUCGAAGUAGAAGCGGAUGUUUUUUCACGUGUCAGUGCCAGUAAGAGACUUGAGCAUUCAGACUUUCGAAGGGGAAUGACUGGCUCGUCUGAGGGUGAUAUUCUCGGCCAGAGAAGAAGAAACUUUGCGCGUUCUCGGAGUGAACAUGGAAUGAGAGUCAGAAGUAAAGAGUUAGAUGAGGUGACGUCACAAAGUGCUGGACAUAGAUCUAGGCACGAUCGCCCACUGUUUGAACCCAAGGCCCCAGUCCCUUCAUACUCACACGUCUCUACUCCCCUGGUCAACAAGAAGUAAAGAUAACGAACAAAAAGCACCACCGUUUCGUAACUUUCGUCUGGGAAAAGCAUCGUACGUGAUCAUCGAUUGAUCAUGUUCGACGUAAAAAAUACGACAAGAACUCGUCCACUGCGUCGUGUGAACUAUGAAAACUGUGUACUCAAUACGUUGAUGCUUUCCAUAGUUUUCCACUAGUAGCCCGCUGGUUAUGACUUCACUACACACACCGGAAGUUGAAAUAAUCUGGGCUCCAGGCUCUCCCUUCCACAUUCUGUCGCUAAUGACCGGUCACUGUCGAUCACCAGUAAACGCUGAUCAAAACUUGAAUAGUGGUAUUAGUAUGUGUAAUCAAAUGGUGACGAGUGAAAUUAGGGAAUAAUUUCACGCGCGUUUUGUCCAAAUUCUUAUUAUUUCCCGAGCCUUUAGGCGAGGGAAAUUAUUAGGAUUUGGACAAAACGCAAGUGAAAUUAUUCCCUAAUUUCACGAGUAUACCAUUUGAGUACCUAUUAACAGCAUGGGUGACGAAUUACGUUGGCAAUCUUGGAUUUUUGACAUGUUUAUCCUGGAUCGUAUCGAUCGAGAACUCCACUCUCUCAAAUGUUUAGACCUUAAAUUUGGCUUAUUAAGUUCAGCAUUUUUCAGACUUUUUCGGCAAAGUACCUGUUAGAGUCCUUUCUGAUGUUCUCUUGUGUGUUCAGGUUUUCUAAAGCGUCUUUUUGUGCCCUGACAUCUUCAUUCACGGCAUUUAAAACUUCGUCGCCAUCUUGACACUGAGACGUACGGAAGGUUGCCAUAGCAAUUUUGUAAUUUCACAUGUGAAAUUACAAAUUAACGAUGACAUUUCGCGCCAAAAUUAAGGAGUAAUUCGUCAC